AUGAACUGGCAAAGCUCGAUAUUUGGCUUCCGAUUAGGCAGCCAGGACAAUUCUGAGUCCAACUCUUCGACGAAUCUACCGGGCCAUUUUCCCUCCGACCAGGAGGCUCAGAACCAGGGAUCCUCAGCGAGAGUGACCUUUAACACCAUAUCUGGAACAGUCAACUAUAUUGUCAUCAAACCGAUCACAGUGAUACUCACGAUCGCAUUGGGCAUAUUUGGAAGGUUUCUUUCGCUUUUAUAUUUCCGUGAUCUGCUCCAUGUGCGCUCCACGUCUGUCAAUAAUGCCUUGAUCAAUGAUCCUAUACGGCGAGUGGAGCAGUUUGUGCUGGAUCUCGAAGAGAAUCUUCUGCCUCAACAGCAGUUUUCAACUCACCAUUCUGACCACAGUGUGGCGCUUCCUCCGUUCUUCCAAGGCAGUUACACUCAGGCAUUGUACAUGGCCACUAGUCGAGGUAAGUUUUUGUUUAUCUACUUGACCAAUCCACAAAACGAUGGUGCUCUGUCCAUUUUUCAGCGGAUCGUCACCAACCAAAAGUUCAUUUCGAUGUUCACCUCAGACAAUGACCAGAAUAUCAUCUGGGGAGCUGAUGUUACUAACCCAGAAGCGUAUCAGUUGGCAAAUAGCUUGAACAUCACCAAAUUCCCAGUUCUUGGGCUCUUGUGCUUGGCUAGAACAACCACUAUGACCCCUGAGGGCCCCAAGAAGACAGCACCACGGAUCUCCUUGAUUCUGAAAAUACAAGGUGGGCUUCCAGAUGGGCAAGAUGCAGAUGCAUUGAUCUAUAGCAAGUUUAUCAAGCGUAUGAUGAAAUACGAGCCAGAACUCGCCUUGAUCCGCUCAGAGCUCCGUGAGAAAUACAUCUCGGACAUGAUGCGCCGUAAGCAGGAUAUGGACUACAACCAGUCACUCUUGCGUGACCAGCAGAAGAAGUUGGAGAGAGAAAGAAAGGCUCUUGGUGACAAGUACUUGAGUUGGAGGCAACCACAAUUCUAUGAUCUCAUGAAUAGCAAUGACCGUGUGGAUAAGGCCAAAAUCGCUAUCCGAAUGGCAGAUGGCUCACGUGAAACUGUGCUUUUCCCCAAAGACGGGCCUAUUGAAGAUGUUUUCGUGUUUGUUGAACUCAAAAACAGAGGCAUGCUAAAUGACAGACUACAGUCUAAUGUGAGCGUACAAGAGGCCCACGAGUUGUUUGACGACUUCCACAUGUCUUUCGACUUCAAUCUUGUAUCUUCGGUACCUCCUCGGCCCUGUUUGAACGACUUAUCUCCUCAGACUACCAUCGAGCAAGUGGACUACAUAUACCCCAGCGGACUACUCAUGGUGGAUGCUAAGUAA